AUGUCCACCGAGCAGCCCCUCCCCUUUGUCUACCAGUUCGCCGCAGGCGCAAUUGCGGGCGUCUCGGAGAUUCUUGUUAUUCAGCUGCAGACGGGCACGGGCACCGGUGCCGAGUCGUACAAUGGCAUGGUGGACUGCUUCCAGAAGAUUGUCCGCAACGAGGGCUUCUCGCGACUGUACCGCGGCAUCUCGGCCCCCAUCCUGAUGGAGGCUCCCAAGCGUGCGACCAAGUUCGCCGCCAACGACGAGUGGGGCAAGGUGUACCGCCGUGUCUUCAACCAGGCCCAGAUGACCCAGCCGCUGUCCAUCCUGACGGGAGCCACUGCCGGAGCCACCGAGGCCGUCGUCGUCGUGCCCUUCGAGCUCGUCAAGAUCCGCCUGCAGGACAAGGCCUCGGCCGGUCGCUACAAGGGCGCCCUCGACUGCGUCGCCCAGAUCAUCCGCAACGAGGGUCCCCUCAGCCUGUACCAAGGCCUCGAGAGCACCAUGUGGCGCCACAUCCUCUGGAACUCCGGUUACUUUGGCUGCAUCUUCCAGGUCAGGCAGCUCCUGCCUAAGGCCGAGAACAAGAGGUCCCAGACCAUCAACGACCUGCUCUCGGGUGCCAUCGGUGGAACCGUCGGUACGGUCCUCAACACCCCCAUGGACGUCGUCAAGAGCCGCAUCCAGAACACCCCCAAGGUCCCCGGCCAGAUCCCCAAGUACAACUGGGCCUGGCCCUCCAUCUUCACCGUCGCCCGUGAGGAGGGCUUCAGCGCCCUGUACAAGGGCUUCCUCCCCAAGGUCCUCCGUCUCGGUCCCGGCGGCGGCAUCCUCCUCGUCGUCUUCACCAACGUCAUGGACUUUUUCCGUUCGAUGCACUACAAGUCAUGA